AUGCCGAUGUGUUUUCCAGGAUCUGGGGAUACACCUGAUCCGGACCUAAGAGAGAAAUUAAAGAAAGAGUUCAAGAAGCAUGAUGUGAAUAAUGAUGGUGUUCUGAGUAGGGAAGAGCUAAAAACGGCCUUCAAGGAUUUGGGAGCAUGGUGGCCCAGGUGGCGAACCGAUCGUGCACUUCACCACGUCGAUGCCAACAACGAUGGAGUCAUCAACCCCGAGGAAUUUGAUAAACUCGUCCAAUAUGCUAUGAAAGAACGCUCUAGCUUUAGGCCAAUGUCGCUUCCUGUGUCGGUCAACACUGAAGAAGAUCAAACAUUAAAGGAAGCUUUCAAGAAGCAUGAUGUGAAUCAUGAUGGUGUUCUAAGUAAGCACGAGCUAAUAGGCGCCUUCAAAGAAUUGGGAGCAUGGUGGGCCUGGGGGCGAGCCAGUUGUGCACUUUACAACGUUGAUGUCAACAACGAUGGAGUCAUAAACCCUGAGGAAUUUGAAAAUUUCGUCAGAUAUGCUAAAAAACAUGGAUACAAAGUUAAGUAG